UUCAGACGCAUGCGGCCUACGUCCGCGCGUGCUCAUUGGACGUCUGCGUCUGCGUGCUCCUGCAGUGUGCGUGCUGGUGCAGAAGCGCGGCCUUCCACCCCGCGCUCGUCCUCAACCCACAACAAUCACAGAGUUUCUCCCUCCUCCGGUUCCGACACGCGGACGCUCGGCGGAGACCCGGUCCCACACCCGCUGGCUCGAGCUCACGAUGUCGGAGACGGUAAAGUACGUGGACGACGAGCAUAAGAGCAUCUUCCUGAAGCUGCUGAACGAGCAGCGCCUGGAGGGGGAGCACUGUGACAUCGCCGUGGUGGUCGAGGACGUCAAGUUCCGCGCUCACCGCUGUGUCCUCGCUGCCUGCUCCAACUACUUCAAGAAGCUCUUCAAGAAACACGAGGUGGAUAAUUCGUCGGUGAUAGAGAUAGAUUUUAUACGCUCUGACAUAUUUGAGGAGGUGUUAAACUACAUGUACACAGCCAAGAUCUCCGUCAAGAAGAAAGAUGUCAACCUUAUGAUGUCAUCAGGGCAAAUACUGGGCAUCCGCUUCCUGGACAAGCUUUGCUCUCAGAAACGAGACGUAUCAUCAGAAGACAAAGAUAAGUUCCCGUACGAUAUUGUUAAGAUGGCCCUCCCCCCUGAGGCCCAGUUGGCCUCAGACACUGAGGUGCAGGUGCUGGGUGAGCAUGAUGACCCUCCCACCGCUGACGAGCUGGUGGAAGCAUCAGCCAAUCAAGAGUUGGAUAAGUCUCCCAGCGCCGCCCUACGUGUCCAGGAAGCAAUUCUGAAAGAACUGGCCAAUCAAGAUGUCCACAAGGUAAGCUGUUAUGACCAGGAUGUCGUUUCAGAGAUGGAGGCGGAGCCAAAAGACUUAGGAGCAGGACAUCACACUGGCCAGACUUUGUCAUUUGCCGACAGUAUGGGGGAAGUGAAGGACGAGCAGCCUCCCGGCUGGUCUUCGGCCACGGCAGACAUGAAGUUUGAAUAUUUACUGUAUGGACACAGAGAGCAGCUCGCCUGCCAGGUGUGUGGAAAGACCUUCCUGGAUGAGAACAGACUCAGGAAACACGAGAAGCUCCAUUCAGCCGAACGACCAUUUGCUUGUGAGAUCUGCAGCAAAGCUUUCACCACACACGCUCACCUCAAAGAACAUCUAAAGAUCCAUACCGGCUUCAAACCAUACCGCUGUGAUGUCUGUGGGAAGUCUUUCAUCAGAGCACCGGACCUGAAGAAACAUGAACGUGUCCACAGUAAUGAGCGGCCCUUUGCCUGUCAGAUGUGUGACAAGGCUUUUAAACACAAAUCUCAUCUGAAAGACCACGAGAGAAGACACCGCGGAGAGAAACCAUUUGUCUGCUCUUCCUGCACCAAGGCCUUCGCCAAGGCGUCAGACCUGAAGCGUCAUGAGAACAACAUGCACAGUGAGAGGAAGCAGCUUGCGUCUUCCAGCCUGCAGACGGAGACAGAGACGCUGCAGGCAGCCGCCAUGGCAGCAGAGGCAGAACAGCAGCUGGAGACCAUUGCCUGUUCCUAGCAGGAAGUGACCUGGCCCUGACCCUGUCUCUUACAGGAUGGGCAGGGCUUUGUGACCUGAAACUGAUCUCACCUCUGAUCACUGGACAACAAAUUUUUUGAAACGUUUUGCUUCCUGAAAAAAAAUUAGAGAUUAUGAUAGACAACGUCAAGCUGAACACAAAAAUAAUUUCAGGUUUGCUGUAUCACGCAGGAAUUUGGAGAAACAUUAAAAUAACUUUUAUUGAAUUUAACAUGUUUAAUCACAUAAUGAUGCUGACACAUUGUGUUAGUUCAGCUGAGCUUCAAAUAUUUUGCUGCUGAUUUUGGUUUGUACUCAGCAUCUGGUGCCUCGUGUCAGUGUCCAACAAUAGUCGGCCAGCAUUGAUGGAUUCCAGUUGCCCUGAUGCCUCUUUUCCAUGGUCCAAUGUCCUGGUGAAACCUUUCACCAUGUUCCUCACUGACUGACCAAGAUCAGCAGGGAAGAAGUCCAAGUGUGAUGCAGAACAUGAAUUUUCAAUGACGUGUUGCACUUCAUGGUGUUGUGUGUUUUAAGCAUUUGUCAAGCAGCUCAGUGUAGUUUGGUGCUCUAUAGUUGCCAAGAAAAUUCUCAACAACAUCCUUAAAUGCCUUCCACGCUAUUUUCUCUGCCCCACUAGCAGAUCUUCUGACUCCCUGUCAUUGAUGACCUGAUUUGUGGACCAACAAAAAUGCCUUCCUUCGUCUUGGCAUCAGUUAUUCUUGGAAACGUCUGUCUCAAAUAGUGAAAUCCAUCACUUCCUUUAUUCACUGCUUUCACAAAAAUGUUCAUCAGUCCGAGUCUUAUAUGAAGAGGAGGCAGAAAUAUCUUUGUUGGGUGGACAAGUGGUUUAUGCACCACACUUUUCUGCCCUGGAACGAAAUGCUUAUGGAGCGGCCAGUUCUUUUUAAUGUGAUGUGACUCUGUAGUACGACUAUCCCAUUCACACAGGAAACACCAGUACUUUGGAUAUCUGAGCUGCGCUCCUAGUAGCAGUGCCAAUACUUUUACAUCACCACACAUGUUAUUGUAUGUUUCUUUCAUGUGUUCCGCGUAGCUGCCAGUGGUUAUUGAAGGGUGGACAUUGCCAUUGUGCAACAGGGCAGCUUUCAGUCUGAACUUUGACAGAUCUAUAAAAAGACGCCAUUGUUUUGGGUCAUGCACACAACCCAAAGCCAUGAACAGUCCAUCAAUGUCAGUGCAGAAACAGAGGGUGUCAACCUGUGUAAAGAAGUUUGUCAAAUGUUCUUGGCGGUUCUGCAAGAUAGAAAUGUUUGUACCUGGUGACAGCUAACUGCAUCCUUGCAGUCUUGAACCAAGUAGUUCUGCUUUAGCUUUUGACAAAUCUAAGUCCCUGACCAGGUCAUUUAAUCCUGGCUGUGUUAUCAGACAAGGAAAACCAGGCAUAAAGGGUUCAACAUCUGGAUCAGUGUCAUUUUCCACAUCUGGUUAAUGCAUUGUGGCAUCUUCAUCUGCCUCAUCUAGGCUCCAUGUCUCUGGUGGCUUCGGUACUGGCAAACUGUCAUCAUGUGACACUGGUCUCACGGCUGGAAGCAGGUUGGGGUAUUCAGUAGAUUUAUCUUCAGUAGAGAAGCCAGAUACACUGGCCAAACAGAAGUAACAGUCCGUCACCUGAUCCUUCUGUUCUCGCCAUAUCAUUGGGACUGCAAAUGGCAUUGACUUCCAAGUACCUCUGAGCCAAGCUCUCAGGUUGACUGCACAUGUGAGAAGUCCAGGGUUUCUCUUGGUCACCAAUGUUGCAUCAGAAGUACAGUUCAUAGGCUUUCUUAAUAAGUGCAGUCAUGGUGCGUCUUUGAGCCUUAAGCGUGUCCUCGCCACAGAUGUAACAGGAUGUACUGCAUCUGCUGCAGCAUUGUCGAGACAUUUCUGCUGUAUUAAAUCUUCCUCAAGACAAUAAAUCCUGUUGUUAAGUACACUCACUCUGCUACUGCCUGAAGAACAUGUGCACCAACAUGCGUCCAAACAGCAUCUGUACAUGUAUCAGCUUUAACAGCCUGUAGGCCAGCAUCAAACCUGACUCAGCAUGCCCAGGCUGCCUAAGACAACAUCUGCAGAGCACCUACACUGAGUGCGAGCCCAGGCAUGCUUGGACAGACCAAAACAGCUUGCUUUGUGGGUAAUAUACAAGUAGACUUACAAUACGAUGGGACAUCACAAAAAUAGGUUAUAUCUACAAAACGGUAUGUGAUAGGAAAAUUUCAGGUGAUUUUUGUGAUCAGCAGCCAGAAAGCCAUAAAAUACACCCAGAAGUGUCCAGGGAGCACAAUCUUGGUUGUCCAGUGGUAGGAGGUGCCUUGCUCUGUGCCGUUCCUAAGAGACACUCAACACCUGUGAGAAGCGGCGCUCUCACAAAAUGAAGAAACAUUUUAAACAAAACUUUGCCAGCACCGACAUGAAGACACCACAGCGCCCCCUUCCUGUCUACCCUGGACAUGUUCAGCAGCAUGGUGUUACCAUGGUGACCAUGUACAGCGCUGUCGGUACAAGAACUGGAAUUUCUUCCUGCUGUGGGAAAAUUCCCUGCUAGAGUGGGGUGGUAAGAUUCCCAUUCAGAGAAAUUUUCUCAAUGAUACUUUUCUUUCCUUCCUUCCAUAUUCUGAAUAAAGAACACGUGAU